GGACGGUCUGUGUGGGACUACAGGAGAGAAACUCCAGGAAAACGGACGGAGCUCGCGCACGAUGCAACGGGACGGGGAUACAUUUCGGCGUAAAGAGGAAACUUUGUAUGGACAUGAGAAUAUUUCGGAAUAAUUUUGUACUUCUAACAGAAAAGCCGGACUUCUGAGAGGGAAAACGCGUUUACCUUCAUUUACUUUCACCGUUUAUCGCCACAGGGUGAAUUUAAAAACCGUUUACGACUUUAAUAAAACAUGACUGAAAUUACAAUUUGACUUUUAACCCAAGGAAUGAAAAUGCGCAUCGACCACACAGCUGUCCAUUGAGGAGAGGAGGUGCCCAGUGAAGCCCGCCAAUGUUCACCUUUUGUCGGCACUUCAAAGCAAGCCGUUAAUAUAUAUAUAUAUAUAUAUAUAUAUUUCCUUUUCACGAGCUUCGGUGAGAAUAAAGUAGAAGAAACAUGGCAGAGCACGAGAGCCUGGAGUUUGGAAAAGCAGAUUUCGUGCUUUUGGACAACGUGUCUAUGGAAGAAUUCAUGGCUAACCUAAAACUCAGGUUUGAGAAGGGGAGGAUUUACUCUUAUAUUGGAGAGGUCGUUGUCUCUGUCAACCCUUACCGUGCCAUGAAUAUCUAUGGUCGUGACACCAUAGAACAGUACAAGGGCCGUGAGCUGUACGAGAGGCCGCCCCACCUCUUUGCCAUUGCUGACGCUGCUUACAAAGCCAUGAAGAGGAGGAACAAAGACACAUGCAUUGUCAUCUCAGGGGAAAGUGGAGCAGGAAAGACAGAGGCCAGCAAGUAUAUAAUGCAAUACAUUGCUGCUAUCACCAAUCCAAAUCAGAGGGCUGAAGUGGAAAGGGUAAAAAACAUGCUGCUUAAAUCCAACUGUGUCUUGGAGGCCUUCGGGAAUGCUAAGACCAACCGCAACGACAACUCCAGCCGCUUCGGCAAGUACAUGGACAUUAACUUUGACUUCAAGGGAGAUCCCAUCGGAGGCCAUAUCAACAACUACCUACUGGAAAAGUCCAGAGUGAUUUUCCAACAGGAAGGAGAGAGAAGUUUUCAUUCAUACUACCAGCUGCUCAGAGGAGCUCCAGAUUCCUUGUUGCGUUCUCUUCACAUCCAGAAGGACCCAACAGCCUACAACUACAUCAAAGUUGGAGGCCAGAUUAAGUCUUGCAUCAACGAUGGGGCUGAUUUCAAAGCUGUAGCCGAUGCCAUGAAAGUGAUUGGUUUCACAGGGGACGAGAUUCAGACUGUUUACAAGAUCCUGGCCACCAUCCUACAUCUGGGGAACCUGACAUUCGGGGUGGAUGGUGAUGUGACCUUGAUAGAGAACACAAAACUGGUGUCUGUGAUCAGGGAGCUGCUUUCCACUAAGGAGGAGAAUGUGGAGAAGGCCCUGCUCUACCGCACUGUGGCCACGGGCCGAGAUGUCAUUGAAAAACAACACACGGCACAAGAGGCCAGCUAUGGACGGGACGCUCUAGCCAAGGCCAUGUAUGAGCGUCUGUUCUGCUGGAUUGUGGGACGAAUCAAUGACAUAAUUGAGGUGAAAAACUAUGAUGCCAGAGUCCACGGGAAGAACACUGUCAUUGGGGUGCUGGACAUCUACGGUUUUGAGAUUUUCCAGAACAACAGCUUUGAACAGUUCUGCAUCAACUACUGCAAUGAAAAGCUACAGCAGCUGUUCAUCCAGCUGGUGCUGAAGCAGGAACAGGAAGAGUAUCAGAGAGAAGGCAUCCCUUGGAAACAUAUUGAUUACUUCAAUAACCAGAUCAUUGUGGACUUAGUGGAGCAGCAGCAUAAGGGCAUCUUCUCUGUUCUGGAUGAGGCCUGUAUGAACGUGGGAAAAGUCACAGAUGAGGUUUUCCUCCAAGGACUCAAUGGCAAGCUGGCCAAACACGCCCACUACACCAGCCGCAAGCUCUCACCAACUGACAAGAGUUUGGAGUUUGACAGAGACUUUCGCAUCAGGCACUAUGCAGGAGACGUGGUGUACUCAGUGGUUGGUUUUAUUGAUAAGAACAAAGACACUCUGUUCCAGGAUUUCAAGAGACUGCUAUACAACAGUUCUAACCCAGUACUGAAGGGCAUGUGGCCCGAGGGCAAACUGAGCAUCACUGAGGUCACCAAACGGCCGCUGACAGCUGCGACGCUCUUCAAAAACUCCAUGAUCUCUCUGGUGGAGAAUCUGGCCUGCAAGGAGCCCUACUAUGUUCGCUGCAUCAAGCCUAACGAUGUCAAGUCCCCUCUGCUGUUCGAGCAGGAACGCUGCCGCCAUCAGGUGGAAUACCUCGGCCUCCUGGAGAAUGUCAGAGUGCGCCGUGCCGGCUUUGCCUACAGACAGACAUACCCUCGCUUCCUACAGAGAUACAAGAUGAUCUCAGAGUUUACAUGGCCAAAUCAUGACUUGCCAUCAGACAAAGAUGCAGUGAAGAGGCUCCUGCAGGGGUGUGGAUUUGACCAUGAUGUGGCCUAUGGCAAAACAAAGGUCUUCAUCCGCACACCACGUACCCUCUUCAGCCUGGAGGAGCAGAGAGCCGAAAUGGUCCAGAGAAUCGUCCUCUUCCUCCAGAAGGUGUGGCGGGGCACUAUAGCCAGAAUGCGCUACAGGCGGAUGCGAGCAGCCCUCAUCAUCCUUCAGGCUUACCGCCGCUACAAGGUCAAGUCUUACAUCCGUGAGGUCAACCGCCGUUUCAAAAAUGUAAGAUCCAUGAAGGACUACGGCAGACACGUGAAGUGGCCGACGCCCCCCAAAGUCCUGCGCAAGUUUGAAGAGGCGCUCAGGAGCAUCUACAACAGGUGGUGGGCAUGGACACUGAUCAAAGGCCUUUCUCCAGAGGAGGCCCUGCAGGUGAGGGCCAAGGUAGCCAGCCUGGAGGCCUUGAAGGGCCAGAGGGCUGACUUGGGCCUACAGAGGGCCUGGGAAGGAAACUAUCUGAAGCGAGACAGCCCUGACACAGCAGCGUCGUUCACACUUGUCUCCAGCGAGCUGCAGCGGAAAGACAAAUUCAUGAGAGUUCUGUUCUCCUGCAACGUGCGCAAGAUCAACCGUUUCCACAAGGCGGAGGACAGGGCUGUGCUCAUCACUGACCGCCACCUGUACAAGAUGGACCCCCUGAAGCAGUACAAACCCAUGAAGAGCAUCCCCCUCUACAACGUGACAGGAGUGAGCGUGUCCCCUGGGAAGGACCAGCUGGUUGUGUUCCACACCAAGGACAGCAGGGAUCUGGUGGUGUGCCUGCAAGGCAUGGUCCCUGCCAAUGAGAACCGCAUCGGGGAGCUGGUUGGCACCCUGCUUAGUCAUUUCAAGAGUGAGAAGAGGAAGCUGCAGGUGAACAUCGCGAGUCCCAUCCAGUGCAGCAUGAGUGGGAGAAAGUGCACGAUUAUUGUCGAGCCCAAGAUCAACCAGUCACACCCAGACUUCACCAAGAGCCGAUCUGGUUACAUCCUGGCUGUUCCUGGCAACUAAAAUCAGCCAAAUGAAAAAACAGUGACAGCUGAUUUCAAACCAGGCCGGGAUGAUGAUGAUUCACUUCUGAUUCACUUCCUUUGUUUGUUUGUUGUUUUUUUUUUCCAGAACUGCUGAUAAUGUGACAUUGUAGAUAGCAGCUCUGUAAGAGGAUUGGAGUAAUUGAAUCCUCAAAUUGCAAAGCCAUGCCAAAUUUGACCUGUUUUGUAGUUUUUCCAAUGAAAAGAAAGUGUAUAAUACACCUACUUGCAAAAAUGUUUUCAGCUAAACAGGUUUAAAAAUAUGCACUACAAGAUAAUCCACCAAAGUGGUGUUGUUUCUUUUUAUAAUCCAAAUUUCAAAUGAUUCGCUUUGUGCAAUAUUUAGUUUAUUGUGGUUUGAUUAUUGUCAAGGUGAGAGGAGAUUAUGCGGCAAACUGUUCACAGAACCACUGAUGUUGCAUAAUAAAAAAAAAAUCCAAAGGCUUUGCAGGAAUUUAUAAUCCCUGCAGCUCCCUGUGUAGGAGCAAGAUCAAAAGAGAAACCCUAAAAAAUGAAGUAAGAUGAUAUUUAUGUAUGACUCUGUUUUCUCAGAUGCUCAGUCAGCUUUGAUUAUCUGCUCUAAAAUAGAAGAGAACACUAGUUGUGGAUACAUUCUGCGGAAUAAUAAUGUAAGGAACUGCAGAGUCCACUCUUAGUACAUUAAAUGUUUACAAUACAUGUGGGAACAGCGAGUGAGAAGAUGUGAUUCAGUGGUUCAGGCAGUGUCCGAUGCACAAAUUGCAAAUCUAAUUCAUUCUUAGUUUGUUAGUCACAGAAUGUUGAGUAGGAUGUGUUGAGCAUAUCCUGAACAUCGCAACCUGCUACAUACAAAGCUUUAAAAAUGCAUUAAUUUAAAUCCUGCAUCCUAUAUUCUCUACUGCAACAUCUGUACUUUUAUUAUACUCUUAUACUUACAUAUUAAAAGUUAGAAUAUAUUCUAUUUGAGCAGCAGAAGAUCACAAAUGUGUAUGCACAGCACUUAUACUGCAUUUAGUGUACAUAGGGAUGUUAUAACUAAUACUGAAUGAUACUGUAGAAGGCAAAUAUGAGGACAAUAACCAAGGCAUGACUUGUUUCCAAGAGGUAUUUUUAGUUCAUAUUCUCUUAAAAUGUAAGACUUAAUGCUUCAGCUUAGCAACCAAGUGUUGCUGGCCAGUACUGUAUAAUCCCAUGUGAACUCCAGCCCCUGAACAUCGUCUCAUUUGCUGUCUUUGUGCUAAGUGAGUAGCCUAAUGACUUGUAGUGACCCUUAGUCCUUUGGAAUAGUCUUCCGCUUGACAAAUAUCCUCUUCAUCAGAGAGAAAGAGAGAGUGUGUGUGUGAGUGAGUGAGUGCGACCGCAACCGUGGGAGUGUGUGUACUGUAUGUGUGUUGAUUAGCUCCAUUAGCUCUCCUCCUCUUGGCAUUGUGACUGAGAGCCUGGCCAGUGGCCACAGUGAGGGAGUGACAAGACGAGAAGGGUGUGAAGUCUGUAAUCAGACUGCUGUCCUGCUUUACCUCCCUGUUUAAUAUGGGAAUGACUUUUCGCUUGAACACUUGACAGUUAGGAGACUCUGUUCUCUUCUGAUUGUGCUAAAUUCCCCUCACUUUCCUCCAUCCAAAUCACACUAAUCACAUCAUCAACACUCAGAGUUUGGUUUGUACUGUUCUCACAAGCUGUCGGCCGUGCUGAAAGUUUUAACUCUGUUUUCAUUCUUUGUAAAAUGUUAGCACAUUACAAUAUGUUCUUUCUCCAGCCAUUGCAAAAAAUUGUGGCAGCACAGACGCUGAUAAGAAGGGCUUUAUACUGUGUGUUUAAUAUUAACAUCCAUCCACAGAUUGAGUGCAUAAGGCAGAUAUGAUUUUGCUGUUCUGUAAACAAACAAAUUAUUAUUGUGAAAGUUGAUUCUUGACCUUGAAUCAGCAGUGGAGAAAACAGUCAGAGAUUCAUCAGCAAAUUGAGUUCGUCCAGUUGUCAUGGAAAUGUAGAUGUUCAUUUUAAAGACUCAGUCAGUCAUAUAGGGACUGUAUGUAGAACUCAGUGAACCACUAGAGCCGGUCAGCUAACUGCUAACACGCUUGAGUACUGGGAACAUGAGACUAAAAGUGUAAGACUUAGCACUCUUUAGUUACACUGGUUGUCCAUGGCACUUUGUUUUCAGUAUUCAGUCAGCACCUGUCAAGACAUAUUGCCACUUGAAAAUGGCUUCAAUUUGUGUGUCUAAGUCUAACACAGCAUGAAACAUUUGCAUCAUAUUUCAUAACAACUGGGCAAACUCCACCUACUACUGAAGAUCAUGUGGUGUGGUCAGAAGCUCCAGAGUGGCAAAAUGCCUCUUAUAGAACAUCCUCAUUGCUGAAUAUGGAAGGAGUUGUACAUAGAUGUGUGAUUUUGUUAGCUCGAUAUUAAAGUCAUCAUGAUGACAGGAUGAGAGACCCAACAUUGUAUCGCCUCUGCACCCACAGAGACUCAUUUGUAUUGUCUCUGUGUAAAGACUGAGUAAAGAAUACUGACUGUGGGCUGAGGAACGACAGCCCAAGGUUAUGAAUCGGAGCUCCCUCUGCGUCUGGCCUAGAUGAGGAGGCGGGGGCACUCUCGUCAACUUCACUUCAACAGGAAAGGAAACUUGUUAGCAGUCAUUUUAGCCACAGUAUCGCAGCCUUCUGAUUGUGCCAGAACGUUGUCUGAACAAGUCGUUUAUCUUAAUUAGUUUGCGAGUGCCCCUGUCUUUUGAACAAGCAAAUCUCCACUCUACCUCGCGGCUUUGUGGUGGAUGACCUUGUUCCUGUUGUUUGAUAAGGCGCUGCGACACAGAAAAGAGUUGUUUGGGGAAAUUGGUGCAUUCACAGCGUGGAUUAAGGAAGUGACAUUGGCAGAGUUAAUAGACAGAGCUUAGGUGCAGUGGCUGCCUGUGAUGUGUGUGUGUGUGUGUGUGUGUGUGUGGUGUGUGUGUGUGUGUGUGUAUGUAUGUGUACUAUAACACUGCAGCUCUCCAUAUCCCUCAGCAUGGUAAUCUCCCACAGGGCUUCUCUUCUCCUCCUCUCUGCUCAGCUAUUCACCGCUCAUCAUUAGGAUGGACUCCGUGUCACUUCUCACUUCAGCGCUCCUCUCUUUGCUUUCUUAAGGCAAAAGGGGGUUGGUGAACAAAGCCUCGCUUGGCCUGAGCCUCUCCUCCUCUACUCCCUCUGCUUUCUUUUUUCCUCCCUCCCUCCUUUUCCACUUCCCUUCCCCUGUCAAAUCACUUGGCUCCUCGCCCAGCUGGGCUGACUGUACCGUCCUGCAGGGCAGUGAAGGUUUUCCUGUUUUUGUAUUUUUGUUUUUCUAUUUUCCUUCAGCCGUCCUGUGCCCAGGAGGCGUGCAGAGGGAAGGGGAAGGUACACCAGCAACAAAACAUCAAACAAUAGGAAUAUCAUACAGCAACAAAAGCAAGACAAAGCUGAGUAUGUUAACUAGAAAUGUAAAUACAGUGGAUCUGAAACCUAUGAAAGGGUGAGGAUCGUGUCAUUUCUUUGUUAUUGUAAACAAAUCAACACUCAGCAUUGGUCACUAUUCAUUAUAUUGAUUAUCAGCUUUACCGCAGGUGUAAAAAUCACAGGCUUGACCUGAUUACCCCUUUAUCAAUGGGCAUGAAGGAAUUUCUUAUAUGAAUGUUAACACUUGGAGACUUGUGCCAUUGUGUUCUUCCCUUCUAGUCUCUCUGUAGUGAGAGUGUUUAUGUUCCAAACGUAUUUGACACAAGCUCGUCCAUGUUAGCCAAAGGGUAACAAAUUCCAUUUCCUUUUCUGUAAUUUAUUCUGUGGCUUUAAGCAAAAUCUGUACGUAUACACCACUCACUCAGUAUGUGCCUAAUUUUAUAUUAAGUUUAUAUUUUGCAUAUUUGUGUAAUAUUUCACUAUUACAUACCAUAGAUAUACUGUAAUAUCCAGACCAACUCUAAAGGGAACUUUUGUAAUACUGUUUUGUGCAAAUAUAUUCUGUGUAAAUGCAGAUUCUGCAUUCCAUGAUUUUCCAUAAUGAAAAAAUAUUUCAUUAAUCAUUUUAUUAAUAAAUUUAUUUGCUUCA